AUGGUUUGUUUGUCUGAUUUGUCAGAGUCCACAUUGGAGCAAUUCUGGGACUUAGAAUCCAUAGGAGUUCAGUCUGCACAGAAUCUGGAUUCUGGUGAUGAAAUCUUGAAGAAUUUCAAUGAGUCGAUAAAAUUUGAGGAUGGUAAAUACCAUGUUCAGCUUCCUUGGAAGGAGAAUGCUUCUGAGUUGAAUUUGUUAGACAAUAGAAUGAUGGCUGAGACAAGGUUGAAAAAUUUGAUGAGAAAAUUGGCGAAGGAUCCUCCCUUAAAAGCCGGUUACAAUCAGGCUUUCCUGGAUAUGGAUUCUAUGGGUAUCAUUGAGGAAGUCCCAGAGUCCGAACUGGUCACUCCUCAUUCGGUGUUCUAUCUCCCUCACCAUCCCGUUAUGAAGGAGUCUAGUCUCACUACCAGAGUUCGACCAGUGUUCGAUGCAUCAGCCGAGGGCAUCAAUGGAAUUUCACUUAACAAUUGUUUGAAACCUGGUCCAUGUCUCUUGGGAAACUUGGUUGGGAUACUCAUUAGAUUUCAGAGAUGGAAGGUUGGUAUUUCGAAGGCUUUCCUACAGGUUGGAGUACUGGGUAAGGACCAAGAUCUGCAUAGAUUCUUGUGGAAUUAUGGAGGUUCUGUCAGGGUCAUGAGGUUCAGGAGAGUUCCAUUUGGUAAUACUUGUUCUUCAUUUCUCUUGAUUGCAACAAUCAAAUACCACCUGUCACAAUACCCAGAGUCAAAAGCUGUUGAGGAAUUGAGAGAGAACACGUAUGUUGAUGAUUUUAUCUCGGGCGCUGACUUCUCAACAUCAUCUCAAUCCUCUGAAGUCAAAGCACAUGUAGUUGAUAAUUCUGAUGUUUCAACACUGCUUAAAGAAUGA